GGUUCAUUUCGGCGGCAGUGGGCGCCGCAGAUCCGCCGCUGCCGAGGCCGCCUGUGCCGAGGGAAUCCAUCAGAAACGUUGAUGCAGCAGCAAAGAAGGGGGACACUGUUGAGGAAAUGAUGUGUCGGCCCGCAGAUGGAUAACCUCGGCUAUAGCCUGAUUGGUUUCUCAACAGACACGCUGCCUCACGAGCGACGAAACGAACUUCCCAAGCGCGAGCUCAGCUCGGAGCAAAAAGAGGUGAAGGGAAUUUGGCUUCUCGCGAGGCCAGGUGAGUCAGGAAAGCACAGGCGACCAUAAUAUGACCGAGAUCUGAUCAACACGUUCAUAUCUGUGGGCCCUCUCUUCUGUGUGUGAUGUGUGCAGCAUUGGAUUGGAUCUGUGAGGAUGUCAUCGUCGCUCAGCAGUCUGUCGGGCCGCGUGGUCGGUCUGUUUGAGGGCCGCAAUGUCUUCACCGACGGCAGUGGGCUGUACAUCUCGGUCCAGCAGGGGGAGGGUGGCCCUCUCGGCGGCCGCAGAGAGCGGCGGUUCAUCCGCAAGACCGACUACGGCAAGAUCAGCCUCUUCGAAGACGUCAACCUGGACCUACGGCAGCUGGCCAGCAGGUAUCUCACACACACAAUGGCUGCACUGAAUGGCGGCACAGGCAGACAUUUGUGUGCCCUUGCUGUGUGUGUGUCCUUUCGUUGAUCAGUGUUGGAGUGACCACUGACGGCGGCGCUGCCCUGCGUCAGCGGCAGGAGGGCUCAUCAUCGUCACAGCAGCAGAUCGCCAACACCAGCAUUGUCGGCCGUUGGACCGGCACAUUGUCAUCGACCGGUCAGCUGUAUGAGGUGGUGCAGGAGGGCGGCGGCAGAGUGCCCACACUCGACGACACCGUCAAGGUCGACAUCAUCGAGUGGCGUGAUGCAUUCGACGGCCGGGACAAAGUCAUCGAUAGCCGUGGGCUGGUGUAUCGUGCGUCUGCUCAGCGUGAGUGGUUCCGUGAGGCGUUGCUGUCGAUGCGGACGGGGGAGGUGAGGCAAAUCAAAGUGCCAUACGUAUCCUAUCCCCGCUACUUUCGGCUGCGGUUGGUCAGCAUAGAGUAGGAGAGAGUCCACACACACACAGUAGUGGGCGGCUGUGUCUGUCACACACUCAUGUGUGUGGCCGGGGGCUCCUCCCUCGUUGUGCCUGUCAGCUUUGAGCGAAGGAGUGAGUGAGUGUGUUGUCUGUCUGCCGGCCACCCACACACUCAUGUGACGGUUUCUGUCUGCUCGUGUGUCCGUUUCCAUUCGACGCGGUACUGUGUGAGAGAGUGACAAAGAGUUUUGACUGCGCGUGUUGAGGGAAGGAGUGCGUGUAUUGUGAUUUCUGCGAUUGAGUGAUUCCCCAUUGUGUUGUGGCACAAUUGGCAGCACUUUUGCCGCA